AUGGAUCCUAAUCAUUUUCAUUAUCAACAAGCUAUGUUCAAUUACAUGUCAAAUUAUCAAAAUCCUAAUCCUCAAAAUUCUCAAUUUCCAUCUGUGCCAACAAACCCCGCCAUAUUUUUUCUGGAAACACCGAUUGAGUUUAUGUCCGAAUGUCAAGUUCCACCAGUUUCUACUCAAGUUGGUACUAAAAAAGAAGAAAGGGUUGUCGUUAAAAAAAAAUCUCGAGAGCAAUUUACAAGGGAUGAAGAUAUACUGCUUAUUCAAUCAUGGCUCAAUGUUUCAAAGGAUCCAAUUAUGGGAGUUGAUCAAAAAGCUGAGAGUUUUUGGUUAAGAAUCGCUGCCAAUUAUAACCAGUAUCGUGGGCAAUCGCGGGAAAAGUUAGGCGGGCAAUUAAAAUGUCGAUGGCAUCGAAUAAAUGGCUUGGAUGAAGGUACAACAUUCAAUCUUGAGUAUAUAUGGCGAUUGUUAAAAGAUGAACCUAAAUGGAUGGGAGAAUCGAUUGGAAAUUCUUCAAAAAUUACAAAGAGCUCUGCUAGUGGGGCAUCAUCGGAUAACCCAAAUACACCUUCAAGUUAUGAGUUUAACUCAUCAUCACCAAUGGAGCGUCCAAUGGGACAAAAAGCAGCAAAAAGGAAGGGUAAGGCAAAGGAAAUUCCAAAUGCAAUGCAAGAUGCAAGGAUUAAAAGAGCAGCAACAAUGGAAAGACUAGCUCAAUGUAAGGAGGACGAGCUAGAACUAAAGGCAAUGAAUAUCAUCAUAAAAGACACUUCUACUAUGAAUGAUAAUCAACGAGAUAUUCAUGAAAAAUAUUGUAAUAAGAUGAAAAAAAAAUAUGGAAUGUAG